AUACUAACUAAAUGCAGCGUUUAUCUUUAGUCAACACUUAUGGUCUUCAGUUUUGAUAACACUUUUUGCUGUUCAUAAAAUGAGUGAAACCAAUUGUGAAUAGACACAUUUUUAAACAGAUGUCACUUGACAUUAAUUAUUUUAAAUGGCUAAUUCUGUAAAUUUAGUUCAUAAUAGUUCAGAUUUAGUGAAGGACUAUUCGUGCAGCACUUGUGAAGGAAAAAUUUUGAAACAAAUGCUGAAUAUUUUUGUGGAACGUGCUUGCAGUGUUUUUGCAAAAAAUGCCUUCAUCUUCAUGAUCAAUUAUAUGUAAACCAUUUGAAAUAUGGAAGAGGAGAAACAUAUAUGGCCUCUAGCAAAACCAUUGAUAAUUUGCUACUGAAAUGUGACAUUCAUAACAUUAAGGAACUGAAAAUGUUCUGUCAGGACCACAGUCAGCUGUGCUGCUCUGAUUGUGUUUUACUGAAUCACAGACAGUGCACCAAUCUGAAUCUUAUUUCUGAAUCAGUCAAAAAGCUGUCACUGGAUGUGCAGCAGUUGUCGAGCAAAAUUCAAGCAAUUCUUACUGAACUAAAUAAGUUAAAGAAAACACAAGAGGGCACUAUCCUAUCCGUGGAGGGAUCAUACAGUGAAAGACUUCAAGAAAUUAGAGAGAUGCGUAAGAAAUUAAAUACUGCUUUGGAUAAACUAGAAAAUACAACCUUAUUAGAACUUGAUGAAAUUAGGACAAUAAUGCAAACCUCUCUUAAGAAAGAUGUAGACAAAUGCAGCAGAUUGAAGGACACACUUCAACAACUUGGUGAAGCUUUACAGGGACUUCAUGAUAAGAGCAAUAAAGACAUGGAGUUCAUAGCCAGCAUAAAAUGUCAGUACAAAAUACAAGAGUCUGAGUCAUAUUUGAAGGAGAACCCUGUGAAGGGGAAGAGUUCACUUAUAUUCAAGGCAGACAUAAACAUUGAGCAGUACCUGUCUCAACAGGCAAGUCUAGGAAGGAUUGUUGACAGCAUGGAGUCUCUCAAACUGGAGAUGAAUCCAGACCAGUUGUUGAGUGUUAAAAGGAAGUCCGAGUAUAAUUUGUGAAUAUCAAAGGACGAUAAAUGCCAAUAUUGCUGCAUUAAAGGAAUGUGUAGUCUGCCUAGUGGUCAGGUUAUUGUAGCAGAUUUUAAUAAUAGUAGAGUGAAGCUGUUGGACAAGCAUUACAAUGUGUGCUGUCACUGUGAUGUGCCUGGCGCACCAGAGGACAUUUGCCUCAUAACAUCCAGUGAGGUGGCUGUGACUCUAGAUGCUGCAGGUGUGCAGUUUAUGUCUGUGAGCAAUAGGCAGCUGGUGAAUGGGAGGAAUGUGCAGUUACCACAUGCUGCUAACGGCAUUGCCCACCAUCAGGGAGCAUUGUAUAUCACGUCUAGAGAUGCUCUCUACCACUACACACUGACCGGGACACUUGUGAAAAAGCUUUAUGAAAAUAGAGGCCAUCUAACAGUGCUCAAGUGUGCAUUGAGUCCUGCUGGAGACAGGAUCUAUGUCACCAACUACUACCAGAACAAGCUCAUUACUCUGGCUACCGAUGGCACCGUGAUAUCCACCUUCACGGAUCCUGAACUACAAGGCUCAUAUGUGGUACAUGUAACACCUUCAGGACAAGUCCUGGUCCUUCGAUCCAGCUCCUUAAUUGUCAUACAGGUGGAUCAUGAGGGGGGAAAGAAACUGGCCACGGUGGCUUCACAGACAGAUAUCAUUGGACUGUGCAAACCACUAUCUAUCUGCUACAACACCAAUACUGACCAGAUCAUUGUAGGAGUUGGUGAUAACAUCAUGGUGAUGGAUUUGCAAUAGCUCUUCGUAUAUACAAAUUUAAAUAUAUAGGUAUCCUUUAAGUGGCAAAUUUAGUUAUCUAAGAAUUUCAAGGACAAUUGUCAAACAGGUGUUACACACUAAAUAAUUUAUCUUCCUCUCUGCGCAUUGUGUUAAUAAAUAAUUUUUCACAAGAUUUACUGACCUUUCGGUAACUACUCUAGAAUGUGUAUUCGGAUAAAAAUUGAAUAAAUCAAACCGUAUAAUUUGUAAACAUGCCAUUAACAUUGAUUUGCCUAUAAAUGUCAUUAGGAUAAACAUGAGUUUACACAGUUCAUAAAUAAAUAUAACAGAAAUAAAAAUAUGCACCAAUAAACAAAAAUUAAUCCAAUCAAGAAUCAAAUUUAAUAAACAUAAAAAGAAAGCACUCUCAAAUUUCCGUAUAAAGGAAGAAAUACAAAUAAGAAAUUUAUCUCAUAUGAAGCAAAGUAAAUUGCAGAGGUUAACACAAAAGUUGUCACCAAAAACAGAACGCAAAAGCGCCUUGAUGUAAUAUGUCACUCACUUGAGACAAGUAAAAACUAGCCUGUUAUGUGUAGAUUUUGAUGUGUUUAUAUAUUAACUGUUGCUGUCAUCUAGUUGUUUUUGCUAUGUAUGACACGGACUUAAUGUGGUCUGAGACAGGAUUAAAACAAAAAUAAGAAAUUAACAAUAAAUAUAUAAAACAAGUGACCCGUCUGGUAUGAGAAAGGAUUAAAACAAAAAUAAGAAAUUGACUAUAAACAAAAAAAACAACAAGUAACCCAUAGAGUGGCGCCACUUUUGACCAAAUGGGUAUGAAUUGAAAAAUAAAAUGUAUGGAGGAUCUUUAACUCACCAUGUGACACACUUAAUGCUAAACUCACUAUAUAAGUUUAUAUCAAUCUUGUCACCGAUAAGCGUGGUUAGUAUUAAGCCUUGGUGCAUGAUUUGAAAAAACUUAGAAGAGGAAAACUAAAUAUGUUACACACAGGAUAUAAAUCCGCGACCCUUGCGAUUUCACAUCAGAAGAUUUUUACUUCAAAAAUAUUUAACAUACAAGUCUUUAUUAUUAAUUUGAUAUUAAGACGUUACAUCACAAAUAACGCAUAAUAAGUCUGGGCAGAGAAGAUGUUUAAAGGUUUUCAUUUAAGACAUAUAAGGAAAACAAGUAACUGAAAGAUAAGGGAAAUGAGUAACUGAAAGAUGUUUUUUGAAUGUUCUUUAAUGUACAAACAACUGAUUGGAACAGCAACAUGUAAAAGCAUACCAUGGGUUGAAUGUUUUUUAAAACUUAUUUCACAAAUUGCUUACUGAGCAUUUCAUUGGCCCAAACUGUGAUCAUCCAUCAUCAAUCAUCCCUUAUUUUACUGUGAACACUUCAUAAAUUUGCAUUUGUUUUCCAUCCUGUUUACAAUUGUCUAAUUGUUUUUGUUUCCAAAAAAAUCUGCUCCAAGAAAAAAAUAAUGUGAGGUCAAUAACUAUGUUGUUCUUUUUUAAGAUAACUAAAUAUUUAAUAAUGAAAAUGUCUAAAUGUACCCGUGAUCAUAACCAAGUAACUUUAGAUCAGUUGUUAUUUUAACAUAUUUAUUUAUGCUUGAUAUUGUUGAAUGGAAACCAGAAACAUUUCCGAACAGUUUUAAUUCUGUUUAAGUUAUUCAAACCCACUCAUAAGGCCCAUAAUACCUGAGUGCCCAUAACAAUAUAGACAGUUCUCGGCUUUGUUUAUAGGAUUUAAAUGUCAACAUUUUGUUUCUCAAUCUUGAACCAACACAUGAAUUGGAACCUGUUAAAUAUAACACAUAUAAUGCUGGUAUAAUAAACAAUGUUUUUACUUUAAUGAAAUCCAGAUGGCAACGACCAACUUAUUGUUGGCACUAAGCAAAUGCUGACCCUUUAUCAUGCAUUUGUUGCAGAACUACAAAUUGUGUCUAUGUGUUGUUUGAACAACUCUGCACAUGAAAAGAGAUUUUCCAUUUGUGAACAUGUCUUUCAUACCUUAAUACAUAAAAACAACGGUACACAAAUAAAUUAGUUCAAUGUCUAGAACUAGAAAUGUAAUGAUCACUUCUUACUAUUCCUUUUGAACUUUUAUUUAUUCUCGUUAUUUAUCAACAUUGUAUCUUUUCUUUUUUAAGGAAGAUCUUUAAUACACUGUUUUAAUUCCUCUUUAGGCUAAAAAACUGUUCGUCAGAUUUUCUGUUCCUAAAACAUGCCAGGUAAAAUAUAAAUAUUUUUUAUAAUUGUAUUGCGCCCAUCAAUUUUUUUUAAUGUUAAACCUAUGCAAAUUCAGUACGCACGGUGUAUCUACUAAAAUGUAAUAGCAAUAUAUAUUGUCUUAAACAAUACUUACAAGCAAAAUGUCAUAAUUAAUCUUCCUAUAUAAGUUUGGUUUUCUUUAGUUUAAGCUUGAUUGAAAUUUGAAUGCACACGGCAUUUUGAGAGAGUAUUGUGUCCAUUGCCUGAGUAUAACAAAUACUGGUGUCGUCGGAGAAGGCAUUGAGAACUCUCCCAGAGUGGUGUUUAAACCCAGGACCUAUUGGUACAACACUUCCACUACGCCAACAUUAUCUUGUUUGUUUUAUAUGCAUGCAUAUCUUUGAAUUUGUUACAAUGCUUGAACAUGCGUUAUUAGUGAUUACCAAUGUUUGUAACAUGAAUAUAUUUAAUAUCAUUUUUCAUUACCUUUAGCGCGCAUGUACUUUGAUUUGCUAUUCUUUGUUAUUACGCAAGCUUUUAGUCUUUGGAGCUAUAGUUAGAAUUAUUAAUAAAGAUCUCUAAAACUCUC